AUGGCGAUCUGCAUCACCUUUGGCACUCAUGAGUUUACCUCCAUGCUGGAGGGCUAUGAAAAUGUGCGAGCAUACUGUUACAACUGUCAACACUGGAACGGCCACUGUCUGACCCGAUGGCCCUGGUUCACCGUUUGCUUCAUCCCUCUGAUCCCUCUCGCCACGCACAAGUACAAGGAAGUCACGUGCUACACUUGUCGCUUUACCCAGGACCUCCGGGAUCGUCCAGAUAUUACUCCGGAUACUCGACCUCCGCCUCACAUGCAGUACGGACCACAACCUCCUCCUGGAGCCCAGUGGCAGCAGCAGCCUCCGUUACAGUCACCUCCGGUAGCGCACGGGGCAAAGCCUCCGCAGGCGAACUAUCAAUAG